UGAAGAUCUCAGUUUUGGAUUAUAAAAUAACGCUGAAACUAAAACAGAGAGAUCAAAGAUGGCGUUGGCGAAAGCUAAGGAGACGGUCUCUGCCAAUCCCGUCGUCGUUUUCAGCAAAACCUAUUGCCCUUUCUGCGUCGAAGUGAAGGAACUCUUCGAUAAAUUGGGUGUCACUUACAAGGCCAUCGAAAUCAACUCUGAACCUGACGGAAGUGAGAUCCAAGCAGCAUUAGCUGAAUGGACUAGUCAGCGGACUGUGCCAAAUGUGUUCAUUGGUGGAAACCACAUUGGUGGCUGUGACUCAACAACUGCCUUGCACAGUCAAGGGAAGCUGAUGCCUAUGCUUACAUCUGCUGGAGCCAUUGCCCGAUCAUCUGUUUGAAGGAGUUCAAUUUCUGGUUAUCGAUUUAACUAGUGUAAUAAAAAUCCUCAAGUGUUUUGGCUUGGUUGUCACUCAACACCCAGAAACUCUUAUGUUCUUUCUUGUGUGAUUCUCUAUAAACUUU